AUGUACUGGGGAAAUCAUAUUAGAAUUCUUUUCACAGUGACUCUGGUGUGGCAGGCUGUUCAUUUAGGAAAAGGCCGUGAAAAAGAAGGACAUGGAGAAGAUGUGAAAAGUCUCAAUGUCACAACACAAAAGCAGCAACCCAAGAAUGAAGGGACUAUUAUAAAUGCUUUCAGUGACAUGAAUCAGAGUUACGAAAGCAGAAAGCAACAGAAUUCCAGGGCAUUGGUACCUUUCACUGGGAUCACAGAGAGUAAAAAACUGAACAGACACUGCUGCCAAAAUGGAGGGACGUGUAUCCUAGGGACUUUCUGUGCCUGCCUAAAGCAUUUCACUGGCAGAUACUGUGAACAUGAUGAGCGCAACUGCGGCAGCAUUGCCCAUGGCGCCUGGGUGCUGAAGGGCUGUUGGCUGUGUCGGUGCGGCUAUGGUACUCUGAACUGUCUCUCAGAAAUAAUGCAAGAUAACUGUGAACUGAAAUCAGAAAAGGAGGAAAUUACCAGGCUAUAUUCUAAUGGGCUGAGAUUACAGCAAACAGUGUUUGCACUCGCUUGCCUGCUCACCAUCCUCCUGGAGCUCUGUUGUUGGCAGUUGUGA